UGUAUUUUCCACCUCGCUGCCGCGUCCCAAAAUUCAGCCGAUAAGGAUAUGAAAUAUGAAUAAAGCUACGUAGCAAUAUUAUAGCAAAGUUACAAAUAUUCGAAUUUUAUAUCAAUGGCAGUAAUAUGAACGUGGACAGCAGUGACACGCCGGUGUAAGACACUCCAGAGAGGCCCCAUUCUACAUGAAUCAUCGCAUCGAGGACCGGUCAAGAUGCAUAAGCGGAACAAUGUAAAAGGGGAAAGGGAGCUUGGUGAUGGUGGACCCCCUUUUUGCUUUAGUUGUGAAAGGAUCUUUCCAGACCAAACGUCAUUUCAUGACCACUUUUGUCCUGCGGCUGGUUACAUCUGCUCCUGUGGAACAGAGUUCUCCAUGUAUGUUGAUAUGAUGGACCACAGCGGGUUACAUGAACCAGGCCACACUGUAAUUAAUUAUAGCACCAUAAAGAAUGAACAAUAUCAGAGGGAGAGAGAGUACAAGGAACAGCUUUCGAGGCUGGUAUUGACGGCGGGGCAGGGAAGCUGGGCUAAGCCUGGACCGACUCCGAUGCUAUCGGCCCCUAUUCCACGAGCUACAAAGCCUCCACCUGGUCCAAGUGCCCCAACAACGGACCUCUGGCACCAAUUCCAGCCAGUUGUGUUGGUGGAGACCCUGCGCAAGUUUGGAAGGACAAAGCCCUACAGGUGUGCCUACUGUGAACUGGGCUUUGCAACAAAAGACUUACUCGUAUGGCACCACAACACUCAUGCAAGAAAUAAAGUCCAUGGCUGCCUGCGGUGCGGGGUUCUCCUGCUCAGCAACAACAAGUCACCACAGCCUGGCCACCACCAGUGUGGCUCAUAUCGGGCAACUCCUGAAACCAGAUUUACCACUGCCACAGUGCUGAGUAACAGGAAACAGCCUGCGGGGAAGGCUAAGAAGGUUGUCCAGCGUCAGCACUGUCCUGACCCGUUCAAUGGGGAGCUGCAGCUAGGGAUGCAUAUGGUCUCACAGCAGCCUGUUCCAGGGACUUCUGGAACAAAAUACUUGAAGUGUAGAGUUUGUCAGGAGCCCUUCCAAACUGUCAAGCUGCUUGAGAGGCACCGUUGCACAAUGGCAGAGUCAUUUUUUGCGCAGGAACUGGGUCUGACGUCUGGCAAACAGCUCAAUGGUCACAGAAAAGGGGAGGGGGGGGCCAACCCAUACUCCUUUCCUCGAAGGAAUGGUGACAAGGAGCUGGCGUUCAACAUUCAAACUUCAGCGAAUGUAACUGUAUACGACCACAAGGCAGUAGGCCCGGAUAGGGGCACCGGGUUGUCUGCCAUUUCUGUAAAAACUGAGGUUUCAGACGAUGACUGUUUUGUGAUUGAGGAUGCGUUUUCGUGCUAGUCGGAACUAGGAAACUCUGAAAUUUCCGACUUGCUGACUGGUUGAACACGGCACAUGUAUAACAACCAGUUAGUAAAUUGGAAAUGUCCGUGUUUCCUAGUUCUGACUAGCACGUGAAUGCGGCAUAAAAGUUCCUUCACCAAACCAUGUCAGCUGUCAUACCAACAAUUAACCUCUUCCCUCCCAGUACUACAGACAUGAACAGUGCAAAAAGCAUUCCCAAUGUGAACCCUCUGCAUUUGCAACAGACAAACAUCUUCUAUGGGUUAUGGGUAUGGGCCCGUUUUGUAAGGUACCAGUUUAACUCUAACUACUCAAUUUACAACUAAUCUGUCAGUAGCCUAGGUUUUUUUGUUGUUGUGUGUUUGUCAAAUGAUAUUGAAAAUGUUACAUGCAGUAUCAAAUCAGUCUGUAUGGUUCAGAUAACCACAAACAUUGUAUGAAAGUUUGUCAUUUGAAAAUGCAGUAGUUUUUCUUUUUACAGUAGCUUUACUGAAAAUUUGGUAUAAGCCGCAUUGGCCAUAUUACAAGAACAUGUUGGUUCUUUUUAGCCAUUUCUGUGGUCUUGGAAUAAAAUAUUGUUUUGUU